AUGCCUCCUCAAGGAGGAGCCAUGGCCGGGGGCAGUGGCGGCGCGGGAACGUGGCAAGGGAUGUACACGGGAGAAGAAAGACAACGAGUCGUGCUGAUUUUGAUGGAUACGUUGUCGGACUUGCAUGGCACGAAUCCCAAUUUUGAUUUCCAAAGAUUGUCGAAACUGGCCCAUGACUUUGAAAAAAUUGUUUAUGAGAAAUCUCAAACUAGAGAAGACUAUUUAAAAGCUAUCAAGCUGAAAGUGAAUCUGUUGAGAAUACAAAAGCAGCAGGUGGCUGCUGGUCAAAACGUCGCCAACGCUGCUCAAAACUUUCAGCAGCGACAACAACAACAACAACAACAGCACCAACAGCAACAGCAACAGCAGCAGCAUCAACAGCAGAAGCAACAGCAACAGCAGGCUCUUCGAAAUAACGGAAUGUCCAACAUGGGAUCCAACGCGCCGUUUUUGAACCAACAAGCCCCAGCCCGCGGCCAAUCGCAGCUGCAAAUCCAGGCACGUCAGCAACAACUCCGACAGAUGGUGAACAACAAGAACCAACAGAAUCCGCAGAUGCAGCAGAACCAAAGACCACCGCAACCACCGCUGCAACCAACGGCACCACCGCAACAACCAACGGCACCUCCAUCUCAAACUCAACAGUCUCCCGUUAUGCAGCGUCAGAACCCCCCCUCGCAAGGAAUUUCUCAGCAGGGCAAUAACGGUCCCAACACCGGUGGUAUGCCAGGAAAUGGUUCGCAACAGGUUCCACCACAAUUACUUCAAUUGAUCCGGAGUUCGCCGAUUCCAGUUCCGUUGCUCAGUAAGAUUCCCAAUUUGCCAAAGGGAGUCACCACUUGGAAUCAGAUUUUCGACUGUAUUAGGCGGAAAGUCAUAUCGCAAGAGGUCCUUCCUUUGGUUCGAGAUAUCCAUUCAACCCACAUGCAGCUCGUAAUGCGGCAGCAACAACAAAAAAUGAGCAUGCACAAUGAUGGUGGCAACACCUUGAGUGACAACUUGGCCGGUGGAGUUGAUUCCAAUCCUUUGCAAUCCAAACCAAACAACAAUAAUUUCAACAUCAAUACCCUCACUCCGCAACAAAGAGAGCAAUUUCUCCAAAGACUGCGAAUGAAUCAGCAAAUCCAGUCGGUUCAAAAUGUCACCCCGCAGAUGUCAAUGAUGAACCAAGGGUUGCCACAGAAUCAACAAGCUCUCUCAAACCAGCCGUUGCUGCAACAACAAAUGCACCCGCAACCUCCGCAGCAGCCUCAACCACCGCAAAAUCAGCAACAGCAACAGCAGCAUCCACAACCACAACCGCAACCCACGCCUCAACAACAACAACAACAGCAACAGCAGCAACAGCAGCAGCAGCAGCAGCCGCAAUUUCAAAAACCACCUCAAUUCCAAAUCACUCAGCAGGAUUAUGCUAAAUACAGCAAUGAAGCGUUGGCAGUGCUUGGCAGAUUGCAGCAGCAGAAACAGAUUGAAGGGCAAAUAGAUGCAAACAUGAAAGACACUUUUAUCAGAAAAUACAUUAUCCAUCAAAAGAACCAAAUGUGGAAGCAGCAGCAGCAGCAGCAGCAGCAGCAACACCAACAACAAGCAGCACAGACGAAUGGCAAUCCCAGAGCGAUGAAUUCUGCUCAGCAGCCGCCUGGACGAAUUCCGCAACCGGGCAUACAACAGCAAGCACUAAACCAAGGGAUGCCUCCUAAUGGGCCGAAGGUUAUGCAACAACCUGGAAUGCCGCAAGUGCUGCCAUUGAUGAACAACAUGAAUCUUCAAAUAAAGCCAAACGUGAUGCCCAACACUCUGUCGUCCCCGGUGAUUAAUCAAGGUAUACCCCCAACCGCAUCCGCACCGGUUCAACCGUCCAGCAAUCAGGUACAGCCACCGACUGCACCUCCCACUGCUAGCAUUUCCUCUUUGCUCCCACCGUUCACUGAUGAGGCAAAACUUCGCUUGAGACAACUAAUAGAAGAUGUCUCGCGGAAUAACGUCCUCUUAAAAGACGUGAGUGCAUUGCUUUCCCCGCAGGACAAGACCAAUGUUCGCGAUGCCAUGAGCAAAAUUCAGGAACUAUACGGCAAUGUCGAUUCCAUCAUUAGCUAUUUCUACCUCCUCACUAAAAACGCCGAGGGCACCAAGCGGUUGAUUCAGAUGAAGUACAUGACCAAAAACAUUCUAGAGAACUUGCACAGAGGUAUUUAUUUAGCUGCGCCUGACUUGUUGGAGAAGUUGAGGAACCAGUAUGCAAAGUACUUUGAUUAUGUUAAAGAGCAGGUGAAUUUGAGGAGACAGCUGGUGAGCGCCGCUGGAGGUGUCAACCAACAACCAGAUCAGUCGUCUCAAAUGCACCAACAACAUCAACAGCAACAUCAGCAACAUCAACAUCAACAGCAACAGCGCCAGCAACAGCAGCAACAGCAACAGCAUCAACAGCAGCAUCAACAGCAGCAACAGCUACACCAACAACAACAACAACAGCAACAACAACAACAGCAACAACAACAACAAGGACGAGUGAUGCCCCCUCAGCAGCAGCAGCAGCAGCUCCAGCAACAACAGCAGGGUAUCGCCCCGGUUGGAGUCAGAGGUAAUCAAGCUUUCAUGAAUCAAAACCCACAAACUUCGCCAAUGUUUGUUCCCGCUAUGCCGCAACCAGGCAUGGUGCAACCGCCAAGCCAGAACUGGUCCAACAUCCCCGGGACAAAUCCCGUAGCAGGGGGCAUGCAACCGCUGAUUCCGCACACUCCAAACUUGCAAAGCACACCGGCGCAGCCCAAGCAGCCAUCUUCUCUGCAGGGGAAAACCAAGAAACCUCCUCAAAAGAAAAAGAGAACCGGCAGCGCAACAGCGCCGACUCCCGGGGCCCUUGCCUCGUCGAUCAAGACGCCUCACAAUGUGAACACGCCAAUGGUGCAGACUUCGGGCCAGUCUCCUCAGAUGAAGCAGACCCCUGCUCCCAGUGGCGCGACCCCCAAAGCCAUGACCAAUGGUGCCACGUCAGUACCUUCGGAGCCUGCAGUUUUCGCUGCUCCCGAAAUGGACAUUUUUUCGGUUUCAAACGAUUCGGUUAAAAGAAGAGAGCUUUCGGUAACUGACCCUGCUCAGUUUUUCAUUGAGUCUCUUAAGAAAUUGUUGGAUAUUGAGCAAAGUGCUGCUCCGACUUUAAAAGAAAAUACAAUAAACGCCGACGCUACACUUCAAGCUAUUAGUUCAAGCUUCAGACAAGUCCGUGAGAUUGACGAUAUGUUUAUAGAGAGCGUUUUUUAA